CACAAAGCACGACUAUGCACAAACAAACAGGUGGAGGAGGUGUAUGAACAAGCAGUCCAAGCAGUGCCUCACUCUAUUGAUCUUUGGGUCAGUUAUUGUGGAUUUGCUAUGUGCACAUAUGAAGAGCCUGCUCAUAUUAGAAGGUGAAAUCGAAAAAAAAAGAACAUGUGUAAUCUGUGCUUUGAAGCCAAACAUUUUCUUCUUUAGAUGUUGAAGUAAAAAAAUUUCUGAUGCACCUGAAUCUUCUCUAGUUCCUUUGAUCUCUAUGCAAACAAUUCUAAUGAUGAUGCAAUAGUAUCUAUGUUUUGUGAUUGAGAGAAGACAAGAGGAAGCAUUUUUCAAAUAAAGUUGUCAUGAUAAAACCCUUUUCUAAAUAGUUAAAACCCUUUUCUAAAUAGUUAAACUGAUGUAUUACCUGAACCAGCAAUAAUAGUUUUAUGUGUUAUUUAUCCAAGGUUCCAAGAUGUUUAAGAAAGGUUAAUGGCAGAAAUACUAUGUGUUUACUGAUUGGUUGGUAACUUGGUGCUAAGAAAAUAGGUCAGGAAUGUUUGCAUAUGCAUAUACUUCUAGCAUGAAACUUUUGGUUGGGUUGUUUUCGUUUGGUGCUGCUUGAUGAAGUGGCGAACUAGGCCUUCUAUCUCUUAAUCUCUGUGUGCUUGAAGGGAAAAUUUGUGCUUGAAGGGAAAAUUUGCACCAAAUGAACUAUCGACUUUUGUGGAUACACUAUUGAUUGUGAAACAUACCUGGUCAAGUUGACCCGGAAUAUACGGAAAUUGAUAUACAUGCCAUAAAAUGCAAUGUUGAAAUAGCCUGCAGUGAUUUUCAGAUUAUUCGAAAGGGCUUUAUCUCUUGUUGGGAAGGAUUAUUUGUGCUAUCACCUAUGGGACAAGUACAUAGAAUUUGAAAAAUCUCAAAAGCAGUUAAUUCAGCUUGCUACAAUUUAUAUUGACACCCUAAAAUUUCCUACAAAGAAGUUGCGUCGGUACUAUGAGAGCUUCAGAAAGUUGGUAACUUUGAUGGAACAUGAGGCUGCUGGUGCUGAAAGGUCAUCAGAAAACUUGCGUACUUUGGAAGUGAUAAAGGCUGAGGAUUCUGAAGUGGAUGCUUCAAUUAAGAUUUCUGCCUUACUUGAUGAACAUAGUGGGCACCUUAGGGCUGAUGCAGUCAAGCAGUACUUACUUUCUGGGGAAAGUCUCUACCAAAGGUCCAGUAAAAUCGAUAAAGAAAUCUCUUGCUUCGAGGCAUCCAUAAAGAGACCAUUUUUUCAUGUCAAGCCACUUGAUGAUGACCAGCUUGAAAACUGGCACCGGUAUCUUGACUUUGUUGAGAAGAAGGGCGAUUUUGACUGGGCUGUAAAACUUUAUGAGAGGUGUUUGAUUCCUUGUGCUAAUUAUUCUGAAUUUUGGAUCCGCUAUGCGGAAUUUGUGGAUGCUAAGGGUGGCCGAGAGAUUGCAAGCUAUGCUCUUGGUCGAGCGUCAUCAUAUUUUGUGAAGGGAGUCCCGACAUUCCACAUGUAUUAUGCGAUGUUUAAAGAGCAAAUUGGUGAUGCACAAGGUGCUCGUUCUCUUUUUAUUGAAGGAAGCAAUAAUCUCACUUCGAAUUUCUGUGCGAACAUUAAUAGGCUGGCAAACAUGGAGAAACGCAUGGGAAAUACUAAAGCAGCUUCUGAAAUAUAUGAGACUGCAAUUCAGGAUGCCAUGCAGAAGAACGUUAAAAUUCUUCCAGACUUGUACACAAAUUUUGCACAAUUCAAAUAUGCGGUAAAUCAUAACAUUAGUGAAGCUAAAGAAGUAUUUGUUGAGGGGAUAAAACAAGCACCCUGUAAAGCUUUGAUCAAGGGAUUCAUGCAGUUCAUGAGUACACAUGGAGGACCCACAGAAAUUCCUAUACUUGAUUCUGUUAUUUCUAAUGCUGUAGUUCCUGGAUCUGAUAUAUCAACAGUUUUAAGUCGUGAAGACCGUGAAGAUAUUUCAUUGCUAUUUUUGGAGUUUGUUGACCUUUACGGGGAUGUUAGAGAUCUCAGAAAGGCAUGGGCUCGGCACAGUAAACUAUUCCCUCACAACACAAGGCACAUGUUGCAGCAGUAUUGUAACAGUGAGAAUAGCCUGCAAGAGAAUAACAAGAGGAGAAGAACUGAAAAUUAUAUUGUUUCUCAAGAUGAUUCUCCAAAAGACGCAAUAACAUUGAAACAGUUGUCCAAAAGUGAUACUUCUCUGCUAGUUGAUAAAGUGGUUGGGUUGCAAGUGGACAAGAGCACUGUGGAUUCAGGAAUAGGACAUACAGUAGAAGAGCAGAACAUAUUAGGGAAUGUUGAUGUGCAUCAUGAGGUUGGUGAUACAGCUCAGGAAUGCAUUGACAUGACUGAUAGUCAACAUAACUUGGACAAAUCUGGAAUGCAAAACCAAGUGAGUGCACACGGUACUCAUGAGUCAUGCGAACAAAAUGAUCAGACAACAGAAUCUCAUCCAUCUGUAUGUGAGAAUGCUCCACAUGCAGAAUCAUUUACUUGUGAUUCUCCUUCCAAAUCUAAUUCUUUCUCCAAGAUAAGUGCUCUAGACAAAGCUAACACCAUUGAUGUAUCUGCUAGUGUUGAUCAAGGAGCAAUAUGCCCAAGAUCUGAUUCUCCAUCUGUGGCAAGCUUACCCAAGGAAGAAACUUCUCCUGAUCCAGUUCGAAUAUCUCCUGAGUUGGAGGAAAAGAAGCAUGAUAAAAUCCAGGGACAACUGGAAACAAAGGAUGAUAUGUCUCUCAGUAACGCAAAUAUAGAGAAGUCUAGUGAUAGUCCAGAUGCAACUCAACAUGAUAGGGAAGUAUCUGCACUCAGUCAAGAGCAUGUUCAAUCUGCACAGCCACAACAGCUGCCAGACUGUGCAAGACCAUCCAGCUCAGAAAUGGCAACUACACCAGCUACCACAUCUUCCCAAUUUUCACCUAGCACCGCAGUGACAUCUCAAGCUCAACUUCAGCACCAGAUUGUUAGUUCUCAAAUGCACCAAUCCGACAAGCUUUCUUUGGCUGAACAAAAUACGCAGCAGCAAGGGCUUGCUUAUGAAAUUCCUCAGAAUGUCCAGGCAUCCUCGCAGAGUCAAGCUCAAAUCUUUGCACAGCCUAACCAGGGAGACCAGCAAAGCCUCCAAACGAUGCAGGGGUAUGCAUCUCAGAUGUGGCAAUACUACCAGCAACAGAUGUACUACCUGCAGGCCCAGCACAAUCAGCAGUUGCAGAGCCUGCAACAGCAGCAGCUUCCAACUGAGCAUCUCCAGCAAAAUUUUAUGCAGCAGGUACAACAGCUGAACCAACAGAUGGUACUUUGGCAGCAACAAGUACAGCAGCAGCAGCAGCAGCAGCAGCAGCAGCAGCAACAACAGCAACAACUACAGCUACAACAGCAUGCACUGCCAGUUCAGCAACAGCCUGACCAAAAAUACAGUCAGUUACCUUCCUCGGGGGAUACUAGACAUGAACAAAAUAAACCGCAGAAACUUGAAUCUCAAAUGGAUCAUCAAAGCGAACUUGUGCAGCAGCAGCAAGUUUAUUUCCAGCAACAGCAGCAAAUGUAUCUUAUGCAGCAGCAGCAGAUGUAUCAACAGCAGCAACAGCUGCAGCAGCAGCUACUUCAACAGCAAUUAUUGCAGCAACAACAGUAUCUCUCGCAGAUGCCACAGCAGCAACAAAACAUGACACAGCAACAGCAGCUAUUUCAACAGCAACAGCAGCAACUAUUUCAGCAGCAACAGCAGCAAAUGGUAGUUUUGCAGCAGCAGCAGCAGCAACAGUUUAUCCAACAGCAGAUGCAGCAAUACCUUCAACAGCAAACAAACCAACAAGGGGCCAAUUCUCAGAGUUGUGAAUUAAAUCCUCAGGAACUGUUUUCUUUUCAGGAUGCAAGGAACAUGAAGAUGGAGCAUGGUCAACAAUCCGAAGCAUCACAGGGUGAUGGCUCUAAGUUACGGAGUGGCGAACAAUCUGAAUUAUCCUAUCCGUCCACCCCACAAUCUCAGCACUCAAAUCGCUAAUUCAUGUUGUAUUGCCCAUGUGCAUUGUUAGCAAAGGAUCCGUGAAAUUCCAAUUAAUGGUCUCGGUGCCAUUGGAUGCAUUUAUCCAUCAAAAUAUCUCAGGAAAGGGAUGUUCACGUGUUCCAUGGGAUGACACUGGAGCAGUACUGUCAGAACAGCGAUGCUCGCACCUCCAUGUAACAGAUCUGAAGUUCGGUGUUAUCUAUAAUGCAAUCAUGCUUUUUCUGUCAGCAAGUGACAUGGGCUGCGGCAAGCUAAUGUUCUUUAUCUGGCUACCUUGAUACGCUCGUCAACAAGGGACUUGGACUUUGGCAAGCUAUCUUGUGCUGAAUAGAGGGCGUCUUUGGUAUGCCGAAGAACUUGAUUACCGUCACCUGGUCAAGCAUUCAAAUGCGUAUCUUCAUUCACUGAAAAUCGUGAGUUCAAGCAGGGAUAUCUGAAAAGUUAUGCUGUAAUGUGAUGCCUUCUACCAGGUCAUCAGUAUGGAUAUAUAGUGUAUGUACGGUAUCGCAUCCACAAGAUUUGGAAAUAUCGCAGCAGCAGCAGUAUCUGCAACCAAGGUAAUACAAAAUGUAUACACCAACUGGAAAAUGUGCACUACUGCCCUUAACCUGAUGUUACGUAGUUAGAAGUUAGGGGGCCAACCUGUUGUGCCCCUGGCAUGCAAAGUUCCAUCCACGUCUGAACAUUGCAUCGUAUGAUAAUGCUAUUGGCGUUCCCCAGUGAUCUGAGAGAUUGAAAUCAGAUAUUUUUGUUGAGCCGGUAGUACUUUCAGCGUGGUCAUUUCAGCAUCGCACGAUUAUUAACAUAUCACUAUAUCAGAUGCUCCGUCUCAAUGUAUCGGGUGGUUUGUGCAGCAUUUCAGUUAAGUCAGUGUUGUAAAUGGUUAUCAGGUGACAAAGAUAAAAGGAGAUGAUCAUUGCAGUAAACAUAUGGCAUGCAGCAGGGGAGCAGUAGCUGGGAGCUGAUCAUUGCAGUAAACAUAUGGCAUGCAGCAGGGGAGCAGUAGCUGGGAGCUGUGUAUUUGCCGACGGAGAAAUUCACGUCGGCAUUGGUAGCACAAAUCUGAGUUAACAAUGUGUUUGGAAAGUGAAUCCCAAGUUGUGUGUUCUCAAUGAAAGCCUGAUUUAUGAACGAUACAGACAUGGCAUCCGUUUUUCAGGAUAGGUGUUUGGUCCCAGUGUUAUUUGCUUGGUUCUCAUGGCUAUUUUACUUUCGCUUAAGAACAUAAUAAUUGUAAACUGAAUUUCAAUUUGAAGAUCUGAACAGACCUAUUCUUGGUGCUUUGUUUUCA